AUGGUCUGCGAACCAUAUGACCUCAUGGCCAUGGAUGCGACUGAUAAUCUAGAGGAGAAUUCGGACUGGAUCGACCACGACGACUUUACCUUUGGCGCCAAACCGGAGAAGCGGAGCCUCCACGGAAUGCGGGUUCUUGUCAUAAUCCAUACUAAUGGAGUCCAUCAUUUGCCCUUUCACUUCUGUCACUGCUUCGACGCUCAAGAGGACGAAUAUCAACUUUUAAGACACGGUUUCUAUCCCUCUACGACAAAAGAAACGCGCACUGUAUUCACCUUCUCUCUCCUCGACGAAUAUCUGCUUGACGCCGUCGAGACCUUCACCUCAACGCACCACUUCUAUUCGAAACUGCGAAGGCUCACAAAUGAACCUUUCCCCCAUGUCGUACCCGAUCGCGCGAGAGAGCUUAGACGCGCAGGCUGUCAGUGGAGAAAACUCAAGGAUCUGAAACGACAUGGGUUUGGCCAUACUGGACUCGAGCCUGGAGAGGGUGAUCUCGCCUUAUUUUGUGCAGCCUGCCCUCAGCCGGGUGUUAACCUACAGGAAGGAUGGGAGAGAGACGAGGACGCCUGGAAGUACACGCGCAGUUUUGUGGCCGAUGGCAACUUCACUUGUGUGCAUCGAAAGGGAAGGGGUGACGAUGAUGAUGAGAGUUUGGUGUAUUUGAAAAACGGGGAGGGAUUUAUGACCGAGACAGCGGCGUAUGCGAGACACCUCAAAGUCUCAACAGAGGCGAAGGAGACCCCGACUUGCCACGAACACAGGGCCGUCGCCGAUAAGUCCAAAGUUCACAAGGGAUGCGACGCAACAGGGGUUGGGGCAGUGGCAUGCAUGCGACAUGGUGCAUUCGCCCCGGGUAGCGUCGUAGACUUCCAGAAAGGCGAGCGACAAAUGAACAUGGACUGGGCGCUCUGUCAAGCGCUCAGACUAUCCAACAUGGACGGAAUCACGCGAGCCAUCCUCGCCUACGAUAUCAAUUGCCAAUACAGCAAAAACCUGCACCAAAGGAUCAAAGACGGCAGGUAUCUCGAGCUUCCCAACGGGCUGGUAUUGGUUUUCGGUAUUGGGCUAUUCCACGUUCACGGACAUCUCGACGGGUGUAAUGCUCGAUACUCUUUGACAUUUAUCAAGGGUGCUGGAGUGGCCUCGGGAGAAAUCUUGGAGUCGCUAUGGGCCGUCGUGAACGAAGUUGCGAGGGCGACCUCUACGAUGACGUUGGCGCAUCGUAUGGAGACACUGGAUGCAAUCUUCGGCGACAGCAACUGGAAGAAGAUGAUAAAUCUCGUGCCUACUAUAUCCAAGAACUGGACUAACAGUCGACUUGAGCUGACCAGAGCUCAAGAGGACUUCGACUUACUCGACCAAACGGCUACAGUGUCUCAGAGGGAACUAUGGUCUCGGCAACUUAGAGAGGCUAACGAAAAGAGAGAGUCGGGGAACGUCGCAGCAAUGGAUAUCCUAAAUGCAAAAAUAGAGAAAGCUCCAACGUUCUCGAAAACGCAAAGCACUAUGAUGGAGAAGGAGCAGCGCAGGAACAAGGGGGUCGGAACAACGUCGUGGAUCGCCUUGGGAAUUGCCAUUCAGCAGAAACAGAUCUACCUCAAGGAAUAUAUCCGGGCGCUCCCCAAAGAGAAGACCGAUGCCCAAACACUAGAGGUCUCCAAACGGCGAGAACAGCUUCACGUUGACAUCGAGUCCUUCUAUGCGGCAGCCGCUACCCUCUUCCCAGAUGCUGACUUCGACUCCCUGAAGUACGACGGGCCGCCAAUUGAAGCAGUGGAAACGGACUCCCCUGAAGACGAUGACGAUGACGUGCAGGUGGAUAGCGAAGGGGACGACAACCCUUUUGUUACGACUUCGGGCAACGAGGACUUAUCGUUGCCAACAGUCGUUCUGGAGUUUUGGAGUUCUGGAGUUCUGGAUCGAAGUUCUGGUUCUGGAAUCAAGUUCAAGAGGCCUGUCGCUAUCGCAGACAGAGAGGAUCCAGGGCACUCAGUACCUAGGAGAUAA